GGGACGUCCCAAACCCGCCGGACCUACUGCAAGAAAUGCGGCAAGCACCAGCCGCACAAAGUCACCCAGUACAAGAAGGGGAAGGACUCCCUCUACGCCCAGGGAAAAAGACGCUACGAUAGGAAGCAAAGCGGCUAUGGAGGCCAGACAAAGCCCAUCUUCCGUAAGAAGGCUAAGACCACGAAGAAGAUUGUGCUGAGGCUGGAGUGUGUGGAGCCCAACUGCAGGUCUAAGAGGAUGCUGGCCAUUAAGAGGUGCAAGCACUUUGAACUGGGAGGAGACAAGAAGAGAAAGGGCCAGGUGAUCCAGUUCUAAGCUCCAUCCUCCUCUUUGUUAUGGACCCUAUUAAAGUAUUGGGAAG